GGCCGCCCAGAGGGCGCCACCGCGGCCGCAGCCGCCGCUGUUCCGCGGUUUGGCCCGCUCUUUCGGCUGCGAGCCUUUAUGGUGUUAGCGACGACAUGUGGCGCCUCCAGGGACUCCUAAGCCGAACCCUUCCCCGUCUGCUAGGACCUGGCCUCCGAGAUGUGACCCCCAAGUCCACCAGGCCAAAUAGUUCUCAGGCUACAUCCUCGACCCUGCUGGUCUCUGUGCCAAGCUUUGACAGGUCAGGCCCCCAUGGCUCAGGUCCAGGCACAAGCAGGGGCUCAAGGUUCCAUGGAUGGAAGGAUGCCUUCCAUUGGAUGUCUGGCUGUGUCUCCCGAAACACCUUGUGGGAUGCCAUAUCAUGGGGCACUCUGGCUGUGCUGGCCCUGCAGCUGGCAAGACAGAUCCACUUCCAGGCAUCGAUGCCAGCAGGACCUCGGCGAGCGGAGCGUGGCUCUUGGUGCAGUCCCUUGGACUGUCUCCUCUCAUCUUCCUUGUGGCAUCCGGGUUCCUCGCUGCGGAGGCACGUUCUCCCCAGCCCUGACAGCCCAGCUCCCAGGCACACGGGCCGCAGGGAACCCAGGCCAGGCCGGGAAGCACCCUCCACUCAGCCUGAGAGCCUCUCUUCACACGGCCCCUUGAGAGCAGCUGGUCUUCAGGAUCCCUCUGACGAAGAUCCCAGUAAUAUCGGCUUCCUGCAUGCCAGCAGUAGCUUCAGCUCCAAGGCAAAGCCAGCCCAGCCUCAGCCCACUGGUGAAAAGCAGGAACAAGAUAAAUCAAAAACACGUUCUCUCGAGGAGGCAGUGACCGCCAUUCAGCAGCUCUUCCAACUCAGUGUUUCCAUCGCUUUCAACUUCCUGGGGACAGAGAGCAUGAAGAAUGGGGACCACACAGCAGCAUUUUCCUACUUCCAGAAAGCGGCAGAGCAGGGCUACAGCAAAGCACAGUACAACGAGGGCUUGUGUCACGAGUAUGGCAGAGGCACCCCCAAGGACCUUGGCAAGGCAGUCCUUUGUUACCAGCUGGCUGCCAGCCAGAGCCACAGCCUGGCUCAGUACCGCUAUGCCAGGUGCCUGCUACAAGACUCUGCCUCCUGGGGGGACCCUGAGCGGCAGAAGGCGGUGUCCAUGCUGAAGCAGGCUGCGGACUCAGGCUUGAGAGAGGCCCAGGCUUUCCUCGGGGUGCUUUUCACCAAGGAGCCAUACCUGGAUGAGCAGGGAGCUGUGAAAUAUCUGUGGCUUGCUGCGAACAAUGGGGACUCACAGAGCAGAUACCACUUGGGAAUUUGCUAUGAGAAGGGCCUUGGCGUGCAGAGGAAUCUGGGAGAGGCUGUGAGGUGUUACCAGCAGUCAGCGGCUCUGGGGAAUGAGCCAGCCCAGGACAGGCUGCAGACCCUCUUUUCCAUGGAGGUGGCAGCCCUGGGGCCCAAGGACCUGGCAGUCACAGGACUGAAGUCCUUCUCCAGCCCCUCCCUCUGCAACCUGAACACCCUGCUGGCAGGAGCCUCCCGCCUCCCACAUGCCUGGAGCACGGGGAGCCUUGGCCUCCUCUGUAGAAGCGGCCAUCUCGGAGCCAGCCCCAGGCCCCCCAGCAGGGCUGGCCCCCCACACUCCUACCCCUUGGAAAAGAAUCUCGUCAGACUGGGUUUUGGCUAAGACCUUCUCACUUCAGCCCUGAAGAUGGAGCCUGUGGGUUCUCAGAGAGAUACCACAACUUGAAUCUAAAAGAAGAGGCCAGUUAUCCACCCACCUUCUCAAAGAACCUUAGGUACCUGCCCCAGCACAGUAAGGAAGAGGAAAGUGUGUGAAGACCCAGGUUCUGGCCAUGUCACCUUGAAGCAGUGAGUAGCCCGACUCAUUGAGCUGCUUCCUCAGCUGGUGACCAAGGGCAAUAGUGUCUGCCCUCCUACCCUACAGGGCCGAUGUGGGCAUUUAAUGGUGGAAAGGACCUUGGUGCUCAUGAAGGCCUGAGGCAGUGACGCCCGUGUUUACAUGGCUUUUAUGAGUCACCAGGCAGGAGAGGACCCAGGCCUCCUGGCCCCUGGCCCAGGGCUCUUCUGCACCGUCCACGCUGUAAUUUUACGUGAAAGCGUUUUGAUCAUCCUGCCCAUGCCAGGGAGUGAAUGGAGAUCGAGCACCUGGACUCUGGGAGCAGGAGUGUGGAUUUUGAGAUCUUCGUUUGUGAAGGGUGUGCCAGAAAUGGAUGGGAGUUAAAUAAAACAGAUACGGGAUUAUCUCA